AUGUCGUCGACGACGACGACGAGAGAACAAAGAAGAGAAGACGUGGAACAAUUCGUCCACGAAUUUCUGCGCUCGAAAUCCGUCGACGAGGAAGUUUUAGAAUACGUGAAAGAUUUACUCUUGGACCUCAUCUUCGAAGAAGAAGAAGAAAACGAAACUCCGGACGUGGAAUCGAUUUCGGAGAAUGUUGGAGACAUGUUGGAGGCGUUCGUGACGGAAGAGGAGGUGAGGGAUAUGUGCGCGAACGCGUUGGUGCGGGCGAAGAUGCGUGGUCGUGCGGAGGAAGAUGCGAGGCGAAACGAAGGAGAGGAAAACGGUGAAACGGAAACGAAGAAGCAGAAAACAUUUUUGGUGGAUUUGCAAAAUAUAAUACUCGGGUUCGGGGCGAAGAUUCUGUUGAAACCGACCGCGUUACGACUUGAGAAGAUGAAGAGAUACGGCAUUGUUGGUCAGAAUGGCGCCGGGAAGACGACGCUGAUGAAUCGAAUCGCGGCGAAAGAUAUUUUGGGUUUUCCGGAGGACGUGAACGUGGUGUUCGUGAGACACGAGAUUUUGAGUUUAUCGAACGCGACGGUGAGUGAGUUUGCGAGGGAGAAGGAAGAAGAGAGCGGUGGUCGUGGCGACGAAACCGCGUCGUCUUCCGAGGCGUGCUUGAAAGAGGUUGGGUUUGACAAUAAGAUGAUGGGAAAGAGAGUGAACGAAUUGUCCGGUGGAUGGAGGAUGAGAUUAGCAAUCGCGGCGGCCAUGACGCAACAGGCGGAUUUGUUAUUACUUGACGAGCCUACGAACCAUUUAGACGUGGACGCGGUCGAAUGGUUGGCUAACUUUUUGAUUGCAUCGAAUUCUACCGUCUUGGUUGUUUCGCACGAUUACGACUUUUUAGCCAAAGUGUGCACGGACAUCGUGCAUUUUGAAAACCAAAAGCUCACGGUGUUCGACGGCGGGUUCCCGGGCUUUCGCGCCAAGAAGCCGAAUUUAGUCUUGCCGAGGAUGAAGAAAGAAACUUUGGAUGCUAUUUCGAAACACGCGGAGGAGAAUGGGUUAGACGUGGACGAUGGGUCGAACGAUGGUAUGAGAGGAGAUGCGUCGUCGCUGGAUAAAUCGAAAGAACUCGCACGUCGCGAAGCUUUAGGAUUGGAGAAUACGGCUGGACUCGUUUCCGCGAUGAACAAAGGCGCGAUGACUAUAGGCGGAAGCAACGGUGUCGGUAAAAAUGAAAUAAACGGAGGCAUUCGAGGCUCGAGCGAAAAGCCUUUGCUCGUUUUCCCAGAUCCAGGCGUUUUAGACGGUAUUAAAAAUCGCGGCCAAGUCGUUAUGAGACUCGAUGACGUCACUUUCAAAUACGACGGCGGCGAGAAGAACAUCUUAGAACAAGUGUGCGUGCGCGCGUACUUGGGUUCCCGAGUUGCUAUUGUAGGUGCGAACGGCGCUGGUAAAACCACGUUGAUGAAGAAUAUCGUUGGCGAGAUUGAACCGCAAUCGGGAACUAUUUGGAAACACCAUAAUUUGAGGAUAGCGUACGUCUCGCAGCACAGCAUGCACCAUUUAGAAUCCAAUCUGCAUUUGACGCCGAAAGAGUACAUUCAAACGCGUUUCUUCCUAGGAAGAGACAAAGAGCUCGCGGCGAUGAAAACUAUGAAACUAACUGAGGAAGAAGAAUCCGCGCGAUUACAGCGCGGGAACGUGAACGAAAUUCUAGGAAGAGCAGUCAAAGGCGGCGAGUUGUGUUACGAAGUGAGAAAAAACGGCGACCGACCGGGCGUGACCAAGUGGGAGCCCGCAAAGUUUUUACACCGCGACAGUUACUGUAAGAAAAUGUGUCUCAAUUUCGACGAGACGUACAAAGCGAUGCAAUCUGGUUUAGAUGUGCGACCGCUGACGUCGACGGAGGUGUAUAAACACUUGGCGGAUUUCGGCAUAUCAACCGAACUCGGGGAUGGGAACAUUCGAAGAAUGUCCGGAGGCCAAAAAUCGCGCUUAGUUCUGGCGGCGGCAAUGUGGAAUAAACCGCACGUCAUUUGUUUGGACGAACCUACCAACUACCUCGAUAACGAAACGUUGAAAGCUUUAAUUUUCGCGCUGAAAAAGUUCAGAGGUGGUGUUCUAACCAUUUCGCACAAUGCCGCGUUCGUCGGUGAGGUGUGCUCGGACACGUGGCGCGUCUUCCAAGGCAAAGUGGCGAGUUCGGAAGACGAACGACGAGGCGUAGGGAGUGCAAAAGUCGGUGGAUCCAGACGCAAACGACUCGAACGCGAGAAAAGAAACGAUGAAUCACCUGGCACUGCUAACGAUGGGAAUGAAGAUAACAGCGAGACGAUAUCCGAGGAAGAUGACGACGACGAUGUUGAUCGAACGGUGACGGGCGUAUUGGCGUCUCGCGAAACGGCGCUCGAUGUUAAAAUCGAACGGUUUUCUAUGCAAGUCAACGGACAAGAGCUGAUUUCUGAGUGCAACUUAGAACUAAACCACGGGCGUAGGUACGGUUUAAUCGGUCAAAACGGAUGCGGGAAAUCCAAUUUACUUUCUGCUAUUGCCAAGAGGGAGAUUCCUAUUCCGGAGCACGUUGACAUUUAUCACCUUCGUGAAGAAGCCGCGCCUUCAGACCGAACCGCGCUGGAAUCGGUCGUCGACCACGUCAAGUUAGAGAUUGAGAAAUUGAGAAAGAAGGAGGAAGAUUUGAUGGCAAAUUACGGUCCCGGCGACGAGCGUUUACAACUCAUUUACGAACGUUUAGAAGAGCUCGAUCCGUCCAUGUUUGAAACGAAGGCGGCUGAGUUAUUAUUCGGUCUAGGCUUUGAUAAAGAUAUGAUGCAACGCUCGACGAAAGACAUGUCUGGGGGAUGGAGAAUGCGAGUAUCGUUAGCGCGCGCUCUUUUUGCGGCUCCUGCGUUACUUUUACUCGAUGAGCCUACGAAUCAUUUGGAUUUAUCCGCCGUAGUUUGGUUGGAAAACUAUCUCGCGAAAUACGACAAGUGUUUAGUCGUAGUCAGUCACUCGCAAGAUUUUCUCGACGGUGUCUGUACGCACAUUAUUCGACUCACAAAUACGAAACUCACGUAUUAUAACGGUGAUUACGAAACGUUCCAGCGAACACGAGCGAGCGAAGAUUUAGUCAACCAGCGCAAAUACGACAAAGAGCAAGCGGAAGUCAAAGCGAUUAAAGAGUUCAUCGCCAAAGCCGGUACUUUUGAGGAUAAAAUGAAACUCGCGAAUUCGCGUCAAAAAGUGCUCGAUAAGAUGAUCGCGGCAGGGUUGACUCCCGAACCGAGCGAGGAGAGGAACUCGUUCCGUUUUAAAUUCCCGGAUUGCGGGGCAAAAAUCGCGCCUCCGGUUUUGCCGUUCAAAGACGUCACGUUCCGGUAUCCGGGAACCGAAAUAGACAUUUUGAAAAACGUAGAUUUUGGCAUCGAUAUGGAUAGCCGCGUGGCGUUGGUUGGUCCAAACGGCGCCGGUAAGUCUACGUUGUUGAAAUUGCUCGCCCAGGAUUUACAACCGACAACUGGCGUCGUCGAAAGACGAAACGGCGUCAUCGUUGGUAGAUACACGCAACAUUCGUUUGAAUCUCUCGAUCCGCGCUCGACGCCGUUGGAAUUUUUUUCCGGGACAUUUCAAGACAUGAAAAAGCUGGACGAUUAUUGGCGUUCGUAUUUAGGAACAUACGGAAUUUCCGGCAAGACGCAAACGAAACCUAUCGCGCUCUUAUCCGCGGGGCAGCAAUCGCGUCUCGUCUUUGCGAUGAUAUGUUUGUCCAAACCUAACAUUUUGUUAUUAGACGAACCUACGAAUCACUUGGACAUAGACGCCAUCGACGGGUUAGCGGAUGCGAUAAAUGAGUACAGCGGCGGAUUAGUUUUAGUAUCGCACGAUUUCCGCUUAAUCGAGAAAGUGGCAAAAGAGAUUUGGCUUUGCGAAAAUCAACAAGUGACGAAGAUGACUAAAUCCAUUCGCGACUACAAAAAGAGUUUAGCGAAGAGAAAGCUAUCGAAGUAA